AUGGUUUUGCAGUAUUACCUGAAAAAUGUGUCUUGGUAUGUGCCAUGUCUAGCUUCACUUGAGACCCUCCAAGAAUUAUGUAGGAAGGAAAAUCUCAGAUGUAAAUCCAUUGGAAUCACCAACAGGAAUCUAAAGAGUUAUGAGGUGGAGUAUUUGUGUGACUACAAGGUAGAAGAGGGCACAGAAUACUAUCUGGUGAAAUGGAAAGGAUGGCCAGAAUCUUCAAAUACUUGGGAACCUCAGAAAAAUCUGAAAUGCCCAUUAAUUCUUCAAAACUUUCUUACUGACAAGAAUGAAUACUUGUCUCGGGUGAGAGAAGGCAAAGCACUGAAAGUGAGAAACCACGUUAAAGCUUUGCAACCUGCGGUUGCAGAUUACAUUGUGAAGAAAGCUAAGCAAAGAAUAGCUCUACAGAGAUGGAAAGAAGAACUCAACAGGAAAAAGAAUCAUAAAGCAAUGAUUCUGGUAGAAAACACUGUGGAUCUGGAAGGCCCUCCUUUAGACUUCUACUACAUUAAUGAGUAUAAACCUGCUCCGGGAAUAAAUGUAAUAAAUGGAAUAACAACAGGCUGUGAAUGCGCUGACUGCCCUGCUGAGAAGUGCUGUCCAAAGGAGGCUGGAUUUAUUUUGGCUUAUAAUAAACGAAAGAAGUUGAAAAUCCAGCCUGGCUUGCCCAUCUAUGAAUGCAAUUCAUUUUGUAGGUGUGGGCCCGACUGCCCUAACAGGAUAGUACAGAAAGGUACACCAUAUACUCUUUGCAUCUUCCGAACUAACAAUGGCCGUGGUUGGGGAGUAAAAACUCUCCAGAAAAUUAAAACCAACAGUUUCGUGAUGGAAUAUGUUGGAGAGGUGAUUACAAGUGAGGAAGCAGAAAGACGAGGCCAGCUCUAUGACAACCAGGGAAAUACAUACUUGUUUGAUUUGGACUAUGACUCAGAUGAAUUUACAGUAGAUGCAGCUCGAUAUGGAAAUGUGUCCCACUUUGUGAAUCACAGUUGUGAUCCAAAUCUUCAAGUCUUCAAUGUGUUUAUUGAUAACCUCGACUUGCGUCUUCCUCGAAUAGCGCUGUUUUCUACACGAACCAUCAAGGCUGGAGAAGAGCUGACCUUUGACUAUCAGAUGAAAGGUUCAAUAGAUCUGACUUCAGACUCUGCUGAUGGUCUUAGCCCAUCCAGAAAGAGGAUCAGAACUGUCUGUAAAUGUGGAGCUGUGUGUUGCAGAGGUUAUCUCAACUGAGUUUGGGUAUCCAAAGUCACAAAUACUUUGUUCUCUUUUAAAUGUGUUUUAAGAAGACUCUUCUUUCACACAUAUAUUCAAGUAUUCUUAUGUCUAGUGUAAAUAAGUACAAUGAAAACAAG